UCCAAUGACAGGACAAACAUGGCGUCCUCCGUGUGGCUCAGGAGGGCAGCCGUUUUGAGCAGGGCUUUAAACUGGAUUUCAACGCCUAAACCCGUGUUAUCUUGCAUUUCAAAUAAUGGACUUGUCUUCCAAACAGCCUCGUACAACCCCAAACCUUUAAGACUGAGCCUCCGUGAGCCGUAUAUACCGGACAAAGAGAGCGAGAGUACGCCGGAGUGGCAGAAGACAGCGCGCUAUGAUAGGAAGCUGUACGGUCGCUAUGGUUCGGCUUCAGGGAUCGAUCCGGCCUCGCUGUGGCCUACUCCCGAAGAGCUAGACAAGAUUAUUGCCGAGGAGAACGAAUGGUAUCCUACUCUAGAAGUGAUGCGACAGAACAUAGCCGCUAGAGAAAAGGAAGAGACGGAAAAGCGCCUGGCCAAGGAAAAACUUAUUACAGCGAACAUGGCCAAAAUGCCUAAGAUGAUUGCAGACUGGAGAAGAGAGAAGCGAGAGGCUAAAGUGAAGCUCAAAGAGGAGAAGGCCCGGCGCUCAAAGCUGUUGGCUGAGGCCCGAGAGCGGUUUGGCUACAAUGUGGACCCCCGCAGCCCCAAAUUCUUAGAAAUGGUAGCUGAGAUCGAGAAGGAGGAGAAGAAGAAAAAGAAACUGCUGAAGCGUAGACAGAGAGAGGAGCAGGCGACCGUGCUUGUCACCCCUCCCUCUGCCUCCUCAUAG